AUGAUUGUGUUUGGAAAAGCGAUUCCUCGGGCGGUGGGCUCGAGGGUGAUUUGGAGAAGUGGUAGUAGCAGCAGCAGCCGCUUUUGGACGAACAGAUUUCACAGUUCGGGUUUGAAGUUUAAACGGCACUACGAACCGGCUUUUCAGAAUGUCGCGGCGGUUUCGCCUCAGUCGUUGCCAAAACCAAAACCUCCUCGAAAGUCGAAGUCGGGUCACAAGUGGAGAAACCGGUUGAUAGGUGUUGGAAUCGCAGGUGCCGCUUUUUACUCGUUUGACCGGUAUUUCAAUGCGUCGGCUAUUACUCGAAGUGCCCGGUGUGUUUAUGAUAUUCUGUUUAUAGGACUGGAUUAUAAGUUCAAUUUCGAAAAAGGUAAAGAUAUUGAGGCACUUCAUAAACGAUCUGCUGAUAGAUUGUUUGCUCUGAUCUCGGCUAAUAAAGGUUUGUAUAUAAAGAUGGGUCAGGCUAUAGCCAUCCAAGCAGGUGUUUUCCCACCUCAGUUUCGUGAGAUAUUCGCUCAAUUGUUCGACAAUGCUCCUCAAGACAGCUGGGUCGAUAUUGAAAAGCUGUUUAAAGAAGAGUUUGAUGGAAAGAGUCCAGAUGAGAUCUUUGCGUAUAUAGAUCAUAGGGCUAUAGCCAGUGCGAGUAUUUCACAGGUACACAAGGCAGUACUCAAGGGAACUGGUGAAGUUGUAGCAGUCAAGAUCCAGCAUUGUGAUUUGAAAAAACAGGUUUCUUGGGAUCUGGCUUCGUACAAAGGACUUAUGUAUAUAUUUGAAAAGUUCCUGUUCAAGUUCCCCAUUUAUUUCAUUGCUCAACAUGUAGCUAAUCAGUUACAGGAAGAAGUGAAUUUCCAUCACGAGGUUGAUAAUUCUGAAAGACUGAGAGUGCUUGUAGAAAGUGAUCCCGGUUUAAAAGACAAGAUCCACGUACCGAAAGUGUAUCCAGAACUGUGUACUGAACGGGUCAUUGUAUCCGAGUGGAUCGAGGGUGUCAGUCUCAGUAAUCGUGAAGGGUUGAAGAAAGAACGUUAUAACACAAGUCAGGCCAUUGACAGUAUGACCAAGUUAUUUGCCAAACAGAUCUUUGAAUGGGGAUUAGUUCAUUGUGAUCCGCAUCCUGGUAACAUGAUUUUACGGCGAGUUCGUGGAAGGCAGCAGCUGGUCUUGAUUGACCAUGGAUUGUAUAUAUAUGAGGCAGAGAAGUUCCGUAAACAGUACGCACAAUUAUGGCGAGGUUUGUUUUUGCUUGAUACCGAAGCUGUCAAACAAGUUGCUAUUGACUGGGGAUUCGGCGAUACCGAGAUGUUUGCCUCGUCCACGAUGAUGCAAGCGUACCGAGGAGGCAGUGCCGGUGGCCAUCGAAAUGAAGAUUCAGAUGGGAAAUCCAGUAAACCAUUAACCAAAGAAGAGAGGUUUGAAAUGGAAGAGGCGUCAAAAAACAGGUUCCAGAAUUUCAUGAAGGAUACCACUAAAAUCCCUCUUGAAAUCAUCUUUCUCGGUCGAGCAAUCCGUAUCCUCCAAGGAUGUAACCGCAUGUUCGGGUCGCCCGUGAACCGAGUCAAGAUAUUCGCGGUCUCUGCCUCCCGUGCCACUACUGUAGAAAAAGACUUAUCCCUACACGGACGGCUCUUGGCCUGGAAAAACCACUUCCUGUUUAUAACCAUAGUGUCCCUCACCGACAUCUACCACUUCCUGACGCGAGUGCGCAACCUCUUCUCCUCCUCGAGCAGCAUCACCUUUGAACAGGCCGAAGACGAGUACAACGACCAGGUCCAGUCGGCACUCGAAGAGCUAUAG